AUGGUCCUGACAGCGACGGCUUUCACUUCGCUUCUGCACUCUCUGGGGCUUAUGCAAGGGAUAUCGAAGCCCAUUCGUGGCCCCUUAGCCGCAGCGCCAGCCCCCGCCCAGAACAAGGUGGCAGUAUCGAGCGGCCCAUCUCCUAAUUCAAACUUGGGGACGAACUACCAGGUCCAUGCGCCGGGCAAUCUCUCCAACAUAGGAACUAGUGCAAUCAAGGCUUCGACAGCUUGCGAUGCUCCGGAUUACGACGCCCGUGAUUGGGGCGAGCAGCGCUUUGCGCCGUUUGACCAGGCGAAGGCGAACGUCUACCGCUAUCGUCAGCAGCAGUCCGUCAACUUGGGAUCAUGGUUUACCCAUGAACAAUGGAUGACGUCGUCUCUCUUCACCUGCGCUUCUGGCUCUCAGAUCUCUGAACUGGAUAUCGCCACUGGCUGGGGUUCUCCUGAUGGUGCUCGGGCUGUACUAGAACGACACUGGGACACCUUCGUCGACGUCUCCGACUUCCAGUACCUCUCCGGAAUUGGCAUCAAUACUGUGCGUCUUCCGAUCGGCUACUGGAGUCUCGGGCCUGCAUUCUGUCAAGGCACUCCUUUCGAGUCGGUCGCCGACGUCUAUCGCAAUUCGUGGAGUCGCGUAGUGCAUGCUAUCAACAUGGCCUCUGACGCUGGCAUCGGGGUUCUUGUGGAUCUGCAUGGGGCGCCGGGGAGCCAGAACGGGCAACCGCACUCGGGCAUCUCAGACGGUCAGACCAACCUCUUCGGUAACGACUACUACAUCGGCAAGACCAUGGACGUCCUGACGUUCCUCACCCAACAACUCACGAAUGUGACAAACGUCGUCGGGAUCCAGAUCCUGAACGAGCCCCAGAACGCGGAUAGCCUCCCUGCCUUUUAUACCCAAGCAAUCUCGACCAUGCGACAAGUCAGCUCUGCUGCGGCAGCCCUGCCGUUGUACAUCCACGACGGCUUCAACUUGGAGCAGUACAGCCAAUUUGUCGCCGACAGGUCGGACUUCGUCGUUCAAGAUCACCACUCGUACUUCGUCUUCACACCCCAAGACAACGCCGAGUCAGCGUCUGGGCACACCAAGGAUAUCCAAAGCUCUAUCUCCGGCUCGCUAGCUGCAGCCUCGGAUCGCCAGCGGAGAAACCUCGUCGUUGAUGAGUUUUCAUGCGCGCUAACGGAGCAGAGUUUGUCUAGCGAGGCGGACCCCAACCAGGCACGCAGAGCGUUUUGCGAGGGGCAGCUGCAGAUAUACCAAAACGAGACGGCUGGAUGGUCAUUCUGGGCGUACAACAAAGAGGACUGCUCCAACGACCCUGGAUGGUGCUUCAAGGCGGCCGUCGGCAACAGCCUACCCUCGUCAUUUUUCUCUUACGGCAAAGGUCCCCUCGCGGACCCCUCGCGCCUUCCUGCGCUUGCCGACAUGGCGGCCGACAUGGACUCUCCGACCCACGAGGAGAUGACAAACACUCCGUCUAGUGCACCGGCCGGCCCAUCAGGGUACUCCGCCAGCACCCCCUACCCUGAGGUCGGCAUAUACCCGUCCUCCCUAGACCCGUCCCAACGUGCAAUCUCGAAGGGGUACUCGGACGGCUUCCUGACGGCCAAGAUCUUCGCCCUGUACGGCAUGUCGAAGCUCGGCUUCACCGGGCAGUACAUGAGCGAUAGCAUCGCCAGCCUGGGGCCGGGGGUCAUUGCGCCUGGGAAGGAACACGACUACGAGCAAUGGUUCAUGGAGGGUCUCGCGGACGGGGAGGCAUUGAUCAGCUCGUCUGUAAAUAGCACCUAUGCCUCAUGA